AGUAAACGCGCGUGUGUGUGACUGUCUGUAGCUCGGGUUGUACCACUGGGUAAUGCAGGAGCGGGUGUUUGGGGCCCUCAGAUGCUGAGCAGAGUCUGGACACUAAGCAGGCGCCUCUCCACCAUGAGGCUUCAAUCUGAUGAGUUUAACGCUUUGUUUACCGACGGGUUAAAGAAACUGACAAAUAUAUUCGCUAAAGACCGCUAUGAGCUCCGUAUAGCAGGAGGUGCUGUAAGAGAUUUGCUCUCUGGAAAACAACCGCACGAUGUGGAUUUUGCCACAACAGCAACUCCAGACCAGAUGAAGGACAUGUUUAUCAAGGAAGGAGUCCGGAUGAUCAAUAAUAAAGGCGAGAAGCACGGCACAGUGACUGCCAGGAUUAAUGAGCAGAAUUUUGAGAUCACUACUCUGCGGGUGGAUUUGCACACAGAUGGUCGACACGCUGAAGUGGAAUUCACUACAGACUGGGAGACCGAUGCAGAACGGCGAGACCUGACCAUUAAUUCCAUGUUUUUGGGGUUUGAUGGGACCCUCUAUGAUUAUUUCAAUGGGUAUGAAGAUUUGAAGAAACGUUGUGUUAGGUUUGUGGGGGAUCCAUCACAGCGAAUUCAGGAAGAUUAUCUGAGGAUAUUGCGCUAUCUUAGGUUCUAUGGAAGGAUUUCAGAGCGGACUAGUGCUCAUACAUUGGGCACACUGGAUGCAAUUAGAGAAAAUGCAUCUGGACUGAGGGGCAUCUCUGGAGAACGCAUCUGGGUAGAACUAAAGAAAAUCCUAGAAGGAAAUCACGUCAAACAUCUGAUCCAGAUUAUCUAUGAGCUAGGAGUGGCACCGCAUGUAGGUUUACCCGAAGAUGGAAACCUGGAGGAAUUUGCCAGAGUCUGUGAACACAGUCACCGAAUGUCUCCAAAACCGAUGACUCUCCUGACUGCUUUGUUGUCUAACAUGGAUCAUGUGCAAAAACUGGACCUAAGGCUAAAGAUAUCCAAGGAGGAGAAAAAUUUGGCCUUGUUUUUGCUACAACAACGCAAAGAGUUGACAGCUGAACGAACAGAUGAAGCACCCCUCAAGCCUUUUAAGGAUUAUGUGGUUGAUUCACGUGAGCCAGAUGCACACAGGAAGAUAUGCGAGCUCCUAAAGUACCAGGGCGAGGAGCAGUUUUUUCGAGAGAUGGAGGCCUGGACGUUACCCCGCUUUCCAGUCAGCGGCCAUGAUUUGCGGCGUAUGGGUAUCUCGUCUGGCAAAGAUAUUGGUCGAAUUCUUCAGGAAUUGCGGGAACACUGGAAGGAAAGCGGUUAUCAAGCUAGCAAAGAAGAGCUUCUGAACAGAGUUGGGCAUGAGUGAAUCUCCAACAUUAAGAGACAAUGUAGGAAUUUGUUCUUGUCACGGAGAAGCCAAUCUAGUGUCUGAGAAGAACAACUAAGGAGCUGCCGCAUGGCUACAGCACUGGGAUGCUUGCUAGGGAGUGAGGUUUAUGAUUUGAUUUAAAAAUGAUGGAAUGCGCAGGCAUGGACAGAACCUCCUAGUGCCUCCCAAGAGUUUGGCAUUUCUAAGUUCAACCAAAAAUGUUGGAGAUGGGUACAGCAGUCACUUGGAGAGAAAUGAAUAAAGACAGAGAGGCGCUUAUUACUUCA